GGAAUGAAGGAAAAAAAAAAAAAAACCAUCAAAUGGAGGGAGGGGCCGGAAAACAAAAAGAAAAAGUGGGAAUUCCUCAACGGCGAGAUACAUAGCUACCACCGACUCUGUGUUAUUGGGAGCUGAACUCUUUCUGCCAUUUUUUUAGCAACUUCCUUGUGCUAUUUACUAUGGUUAAGCUUCCGAGUUCCGACUCCACACUUUGCCUCUAUGCUCUGUUCUGCAAAAUUAGGCGUAUUCUGGCGUUACUUUAUCUUGGUUCUCCAAGUCCAAGAAAAAGCACAGGUGCCCCGUAGCCAACCUGAUGUAGGCACGUGUCAAACGUCGAAGAAUGUUUCCCGCCUAUUCCGAAGCUGACAUGGCAUAGCAGCCAGUGCUGUGACUAGCUACAAUGCCUCUCUACAGUCUACAUGCUUACACUAAUUCCCAUUUCCCAGCACAUCCCCGCCACUGUGUCACAGGUGCACACACCAGUGACCAGACCGGGUUCUACCUAAGGUACCAUAUCCAACCUGCUGUUGCUUUUUGGCCAAUUUUUCCUUUUCUUGAUGUCCAAGUAGCUACAAAUUUAGGUUCUUUUUCAAGUUUUUCCUUUUGGGAGCCCAUAUAAUGGUCUAUUUGGUCCACUUGUUAAGGAAAUUUAAGGGCUUCUGGGUUGCUGAAACUAGGGUUAAAUUUGUGCCAGCAUUUCAGGUUUGGUUCUUUCCACUUGGUCCACUUCGGCGUUUGGGUUUUGUGACUUGUCUGUAUGUUUUUGGCUGUGUUGGGUGAAUUUAUUGCAAAUCCAAUUUUUGACCCCUCCAGAUUCUUCAUAUCCAAUUUUCUUUGGCAGCAGGUUUUAGCGUUAAUGUGGUUUUUGGUUGUAUGUACUUGAAUUUCUCUUUUUUUUUUUGGGUAGCAAGUUUUAGCGUUAAUGUUGUUCUUGGCUGUAUAUAAUUGAAUUUCUCUACAAUUACUUUCUAGAGCUUUUAAUUUUUUUUUCUUAGAUUUGAAUGGGUUAAUUCUUUAUUAACUUUCCAUUUUCAACGUCGGGGAGAGCCUUAUUUAAGGACCCCCUCUCUAUGAAAUGGAAUCAUGGUUUUCACUGGUAAGCUCUGUAAGCAAGUGGAGUUUCCCUGCACACAAUUCUAUAUUAUAGUUGGUGUAGCCUUUUUGCAAAUAUAAAUUCUUCCUCAAGUUUCCCCCAGGCAACAACGAGUUUCUUGAUUAUGCUCAGUAGUCAGUACUGAGAGCAGUGCGGUAGCCCCAAGGUAAAGCACAUAAGAGGUUCUCCAACUAAGCCCUUGAAAAUUCCCCAGACCAACCUCUGUUUCCUGCUAUAUGAUUACUGAAUUCCAUUUGACCAUUUUUACUCCAUGUCAGUGCUUUCUUAUGAUUUUCUAGACUUCCAUUGUUUUGACAUCAGCAUUCAAGUUUUGGUUGCUUUUUGUUUAGGGUCUCUCUUGAAUGUUUUGAUUUUACAAUACUUUGAUUCUUCAUAUCUGGGGUUUUCUCAUCAUAUGCUGAAGUUUCAUAUGGUUUGCUACUAUUGUAUUGCCAUUGAAAUGUAAGUUUUCCAAUGUCAAGAUUCAAGUUUUGCUCAGUGAUGAAAAAAUAAAAAUAAAAAAAGAUUCUAGUUUUGCUUGUUUUGAUUUUUGAAGUUCUCUUGAAUGCUUUGGUGUUACCCUUGUGUGGCUUCUCAACUCAUGGCAUGUUCUGAUUGAUUUUGUCUUGCAGGUAUUUCGGCCAAGGUUUUCCUGCCAUUAGAGCUAAAAUAUGGCUACUUUGUUGUUUUGCAUUUAUUUUGCUUUUAUUUGGUACAUGCUUACAUAUAUUUACAUCUAUAGAUGUCGUGAUAUACAAUGUACCUAUAUUGAUCCUAUCUGGGUUUUCUAAUUAGACGUCAGAUAUAUAUUCUAGGCUAAAUAUAGCCUUGCAUUUAUGACAGCAAUUAAUUAAUUGUCUGUCUUGUAGUUAGGAUGAGUUGGUGCUUUGUUUGCGUCUGGCUUUUUUCUUGAAUUCUUUCAGUUACAAAACUAUUCUGAAGCUCAAGACUCACUCUUUAAUACAAACAAAACAAGCAGAAAAAACUAUGGGAUGAGUUUAAAGAAGGAUGAGUUGGUACUUGUUUGCGUCUGGGCUUUUUCUUGAAUUCUUUCAGUUACAAAACUAUUAUGAAACUCAAUACUCGCUCUUUAAUACAAACAAAACAAGCAGAAGAAACUAUGGGAUGAGUUUAAAGAAGAGAAAUAGAUUAGUCGGUAACAUGUAGCUUGAAGAUUGCUAUUCUCACAAAAAUGGUGGCUUGAUGAUUCGUGGAUUCAGUGGACUUAAAUGGGGUUGCAUUAGGAAGUUCUAUGUUGUAUGAAUUAGGGACUGAAAUAUAAAAUUUCUUGGCUAUUAAUGCAUUCUGGAGUUUUGGGCAUCUUGAACCAUUGGCUAAAAUGAAUACUCAAGAUGUAACUUGUCAGACUUACUUUCUUGUUUGGUGAUUGAUAUGUGAAUUUUGUUCGAAAUAAACCAAACUACCAAUCCUGACUAUUAUUGGUCAGGGAAAUAAUCUUAAAACAAAUGGCAUGACUUUUUGCCAUGUGUUCAUGAACUUUCUGCUAAACUGGCUGUAUAUGGCAAAUGUAGUUUUAGAUUCUUGUCAUUUUCUUCUGGAUCGGAGUUUAAAGUCUUCAUCUCUCAUGAAUGUGUGUCUUGUCUGUUGAGAGGUAUAGGGUUGCGAAAUUUCUUGUAAUUUUUUUUUUUUUUUGUGUUAUUUUUUUGAUUAUAUGUUUUUGCCUUUUAUCAUUCAUUCAUUCUGUAACAUCAUCUGAUUGUUCUAUGAUUUUUGCAGGAUUUAUAUUUGAUCUGGUGCUUCGUUGUUCGGGUUUUCCUAACAAUCUUUUGUUCUAAAAAGGUUUGUGGUUUGUGCAUUCUGAAUUUUUGAUAUGACUAAGAGACGUUUGGUUAAGAUAGGGGAUAAGAAGGAAUCUGGGUCUGCAGCUCAAAAAUCAACCAGUGGUACAAACAAAUCAAAAGAUGCUUCUGUAGAUAAUGAGCUGAGGACUAGAGCUCUGAAGGAUGAAGAUAUGAGGAAGGUUGCUGUUGGUGGGUCUGAGGGGGAGGAAUCUGCUGUAAACGAGAGUGGUAGAUCCAAAGAUGUUCCUUUAGAUGAUGAUCUUAAAAUAGGGGCUCUGAGGAAUGAAGUAAUGAGGAAGGCUGCUAGUCACAAACCUGCAGAAAACUCUGCAGCCACCGCAGCCAAGCAGGUCAGAAAAUCUAAUGAUGUUAAUGUAGAUGAUGAUCUGACAAUGGGGGUUCUGAAGAAUGAUGUAAGAGGGGAGGUUGAUGUUGAUAAGUCUAUUGGAAAGAAAGUGGCCAAACAGAGCAACACACUGAAAGACAGUGAUGUAGAUAAUGAUCUAAAACUAGAGGUGCUGAAGGAUAAAGUUAUGAGGGCAGUUUCUGGUGGUAAGUCCAUGGGAAAGAAGUCUGAAGCAAGAGAGAGUAAGGCCAGAGGUAAGGCCAAACUUGUUGAGGAAGAACAGGAUGCAGAGACAAACAUGAUGGAGGAGGGGUGUAAAAAGGGCACACCCAUGGAGGAGGGGAGUAAAGAGGACACACCCACUCCAGUGAGACGAAAGAGGGGAGCAGAUGGGGAAAUUGUGGAGGAGUUUUGGUUGUCUUUAGAGAGAAGUUCAUCCAGGCUACGCCCUAGAAAGGAGGUGCUUGCUUUCCGUUUGGUAGAUUUGGAGGAUGAUGACAACGACAGGAUCAUUGGCAAAAGAGUUAAGGUUUACUGGUCAGGGUCACGAAAAUGGUUUACUGGACACAUCAAAGCUUUUGAUUAUGAAAAGAGGCUUCAUGAUAUUCUGUAUGAAGAUGGUGACCGUGAAAUGUUGGAUUUAAGGAAAGAGCGGUUUGAGCUUGAAAUUAUGCCUACUGAGUGUUUCAAGCUGAGAACCAAACCCAGUUACGAAAGGAAAGUGAAGGAUUUAGAUGGCGAGAAGGUCAGUGCAGAAACUUUGCAGGAGGAUAUUGAGAUGGUGGAUGCUGAGAAAGGGGCAAAGGAAUCAGAGCCAGAGAAAAAAACUGAGUCAGAUAUAUCUGUGAAAGAAAAGACAGAUCCUGAAGUUAAGAAUGGAGAAGAACUGGUUGCAAAAAUGGGUGUUGAUGUGCCUCUUGAGAAAGCCAAGGAGAUGGUUAUUGAUGAGGCUCAUGAUGAUGAUGAAAUUGACAAUAUAAAGAAUGCUGUCAUCAAUGUUAACAAGUCUGUGGAAGUUAAUUAUCAGGAGGAGGAUGGGAAGAUUAACUCUCUUGCAGAAGAAAAAGGUGGAAUGUCAGUUGAAGCCCAACAUAGAACACUGGAUUCCAAUGUGGAGAAGAAAGGAGAUGAUCAUUUAGAAAAGCAGAGUGAGAUUGUAGAGAAAAGUGAAUCUGAAGACGCUAUAUGCAUGGACAGAAACUUGACCGGCCAGAAAGCUGGGAAAGCAAAGAAGGCCAAGGAUAACAAAAAGGCCUAAAGCACAACUCAAUAUGUUAGUUCAAACACAGUAAACAUCUGGUGAUUGAAGAUGAAGCUAGUCUCUUUUACUGCAAGAAUGUGCCAUCUCCAAGCUCCACUGGUGGCUUCAAUCUUCAUGGAACUCAGUGGCCUAAAAUGAGAAAAAUGCACCAAGUGCACAGUCAAGUUUCUCUUCUUUCUAUCCUUUUCCUUUUCUUUUAUUCACCUUUUUGCCUUUCCCCCCUUCUCUCCAAUCCCAAUCAGAAGAGCAGAAAGUAUGUGAACUUUUAUUAUGCAGAACAUGUAUGAACUAUAUAAGAAUUUCAUCCUUUUAUUAUAGAUA